AUGAAUAAACUCGAAAAUGACUGGUCCUAUUCUAAAUAUUCUUUUACUAAAAUAGAAAUAGAUGGUGUGUACAUCGGCAUAUAUUUUAAUUAUAAGGUGGUAAUAAAAGAUCUCAAAGAUCGUCUUAAAGCUCGCAAACCUUUCACCCCACCCCUCGAAGGAAUCGGCUUCGAAUAUGGCUUCAAUACAAAAACCCUCGACUCCUGGGCCACAUAUUGGAUGGAAAAGUACAACUUCACAGAGAGAGAGAAUUUCUUCAACCAGUACCCCCACUUUAGGACCAAAAUACAAGGACUGAACAUUCACUUCAUCAGAGUUACUCCAGAAGUGCCGCCAGGCAAACACUUAGUGCCCAUACUUCUUCUGCAUGGUUGGCCAGGCUCUGUUAGAGAGUUUUACGAAGCCAUCCCUUACUUGACUGCCGCCAGUAAAGAUAGAGAUUUCGUACUGGAACUGAUUAUACCAAGUCUUCCAGGCUAUGGACAUUCUGAGGGAGCAGUGAAACCUGGUAUGGGUCCAUUGGAGAUCGCAGUAAUCUUUAGGAACCUGAUGCAGAGGCUCCGCUUCCAAAAAUACUACGUCCAAGGUGGAGACUGGGGUUCCCUGAUUGCAGCCAAUAUUGCAACUUUAUUCCCGAACGUAGGAAGUGCUUGGCUAUCACGCAAACGUGAUCUUCUUAAUGACGCCAACUGUUACCUUCUUCGAACUCUUAGGCUCAAUAUAUCCACCUUAAGAGUAGCAUUAACGGACUCACCGUCUGGGCUCAUGGCAUACAUUUUGGAGAAGUUCUCAACUUGGACUCGUAGGGAAUUCCGGUCAAAGGUCGAUGGUGGUCUCGAAUUCAGGUUUACUAAGGAUCAGCUGAUCGACAACCUGAUGAUGUACUGGUCAACCAGAUCUAUAACCACGUCUAUGAGACUAUAUUCAGAAUGCUUCAAUAAAAGAAAUAUGGCUUUUAAAAUGGAUGAAAUCCCAACAACAGUGCCGACGUGGACCAUUCAAGCUAAAAAUGAAUUAGGUUAUUUACCACCCUGGCUCAUCAAGUUAAAGUACCCCAACCUAAUCAAAGACAAUCCCAUCGAUGAUGGUGGACAUUUCCUGGCGUUCGAACGACCACAGGUGUUCUCUGAAGAUGUCUUGAAUGCGGUCCAAGCUUUCAGACAGUGGCAUAAGAAGAGUAACGUGAAGACUGAUUUAUGAGAUAUAUAACAAAUGUUGUUUUUGAUUAAAUAAUUUAAUUAAAUUGUGAGUAAAUAAUUAAUUACUGUAUUAUAUGAAUAUUAUUUUUGCGUUUUUUGCCCUAAUAUAGAGUCGAUAGAAUUUUGUCUCUUAAUCGUUACUAAUAAAGAUAUAAACAUACAAAUUCUGUAA